AUGGAUUUCUUGAAUUUCUCCUCUUUUGUGGAAGGGAUUGAGGCAGACAACAUCUCCACGAACAACACCUCUCACAGCAAGUACACCCCUCUCGCCAUCUGGGGUCUAGCUGGACUUGUUAGUUUUCUAAUCCUGUUUACCAUUGUGGGCAAUGUCUUGGUUGUUAUUGCCGUUUUAACAAGCAGAGCUCUGAAACCUCCCCAAAAUCUGUUUCUGGUGUCUCUGGCUAGUGCAGACAUACUGGUGGCCACCCUGGUCAUGCCCUUUUCUCUGGCCAAUGAACUUAUGGGUUUCUGGCUUUUUGGUAAGAUUUGGUGUGACAUCUACUUGGCUCUGGAUGUAUUAUUUUGCACCUCUUCUAUUGUGCACCUCUGUGCCAUUAGUUUGGACCGCUACUGGUCUGUGACACAGGCGGUAGAGUACAACUUGAAGAGAACACCAAAAAGAGUCAAAGGGAUGAUUGUGGUGGUGUGGUUGAUCUCAGCAGUUAUUUCUUUCCCACCACUGAUAUCAAUGGACAGGAGCAACAAUGAGACUACCCCUCAGUGCAUUAUAAAUGACGAGACCUGGUACAUCCUCUACUCCAGUAUCGGGUCCUUCUUUGCUCCUUGUGUCAUCAUGAUUCUGGUUUAUAUUCGGAUCUACCAAGUGGCAAAGACUAGGACCAGAACCAUGUCAGAGAAGAAAAGGGAUGUGGAUUCGCCACAGGAGAACGGUCAAGCUGACACAAGCAAAGCUGGUUCAUUUAAGUCCGAAAGGGGAGGAAGUGUUAAAGAGCAGGAGUGUGAAAACGGCCAUUGCAAGGAGCCCAUAGCUAGCACUUCCUUGACAAACGCCUCUAAAGCACCGCACAUCGACCACCACGACGAUUUUGACGACAGCAGUUCGUCAGACGAGAAGCCCAAAAAAAGCUCCACAUCGUCCAAACAUAACAGAGAUGACCGAAAAGACAGGAAGUCCAGCAGGAAAAGCAGCUCUGCCUCGAAAUUCUCCAGUAGGAAGUCAUGUGCCAGCUCCAAGUCCAUGGAGCUGUUCUCGUCUCGCCGCAAACGCAGAAGCACAGUCAAUAGGAAGAAAGUCUCUGCGGCGCGAGAGAAACGCUUUACAUUUGUCCUUGCUGUGGUCAUGGGGGUUUUUGUAUUGUGUUGGUUCCCGUUUUUCUUCUCGUACAGCCUGUAUGGUAUCUGCAGAGAGGUGUGCAAGAUCCCCGAGACUCUCUUCAAGUUCUUCUUUUGGAUCGGCUAUUGUAACAGCUCAUUAAACCCAGUCAUCUACACCAUUUUCAACCAAGACUUCCGUAGGGCUUUCCAGAAGAUUCUCUGUAAGUCAUGGAAACGCUCAUUCUGA